AUGGAAGCCAUCAAGAAUGCCCUGCACAAAGGCACCAAUGGCCACUCCAACGGCUACGCCAAUGGCCACACUGAGCCUUCGUCUGAGGCCGUUUCCCAGCUCAAGGACAAGUACACCAAGGCUGAUCAGGGCCAUGUCUUCACCUUCUACGACGACCUGAGCACUGCCGAGAAGGCUGCCUUCUUCGAGCAGCUCUCUGGCUUUGACCCAGCCCACAUCAACGAGAUCGCCGACCGAGCCCUGAACCCCCCCAAGGUUGAGGAGACGGCUGCCAAGCUUGAGCCCCUCCCCGAGUCCGCUACCGCCAGUAUCCUUGACUCGAGCCCGGUCGACAUCAACAAGUGGUACGAGUCCGGUCUUGACCUCAUUGGCAGCAACCAGGUUGCUGUCGUGCUCAUGGCCGGUGGCCAGGGAACCAGACUGGGAAGCUCCGCUCCCAAGGGCUGCUUCGACAUUGGCCUGCCCUCCCACAAGCCCCUCUUCAAGAUCCAGGCUGAGCGUAUCCGCAAGGUCGAGCAGCUGGCUGCCAAGAAGGCUGGUGUUGACAAGGUCGUCGUCCCCUGGUACGUCAUGACCAGCGGACCUACCCGCAAGCCCACCGAGGAGUUUUUCGCCGAGAACAACUUCUUUGGCCUCCAAAAGGAGAACGUCAAGAUCUUUGAGCAGGGUGUUCUGCCUUGCAUCUCCAACGAGGGCAAGAUCAUUCUGGAGAGCAAGGGCAAGGUUGCCGUCGCCCCUGAUGGCAACGGCGGCAUCUACCAGGCUCUCAUCGUUUCUGGCGUCUUGGAUGACAUGCGCAAGCGCGGUAUCCAGCACAUCCACGCCUACUGCGUUGACAACUGCCUUGUCAAGGUCGCCGACCCCGUCUUCAUCGGCUUCUCUGCAUCCCUCAACGUCGACAUUGCCACCAAGGUCGUCCGAAAGCGUGAUGCUACCGAGUCUGUUGGCCUGAUCCUCACCAAGAACGGCAAGCCUGAUGUUGUGGAGUACUCCGAGAUUGACAAGGAGACUGCUGAAGCUCGCGACCCCAGCAAUGCCGAGCUCCUCAAGUACCGCGCCGCCAACAUUGUCAACCACUACUACUCCUUCAGCUUCCUGGAGAGCAUCCCUCUGUGGGCCCACAAGCUGCCCCACCACGUCGCCCGCAAGAAGAUUCCUGCCACCGACCUUGAGUCUGGAGAGCUGGUCAAGCCUGCCAAGCCCAACGGCAUCAAGCUUGAGCAGUUUGUCUUUGACUGCUUCCCUCUUCUCGCUCUUGACAAGUUUGCCUGCAUGGAGGUCAACCGUGCCGAUGAGUUUUCUCCUCUCAAGAACGCCAGCGGCACCGGCCAGGACGACCCCGAGACCAGCAAAGCUGACAUCAUGAACCAAGGCCUUCGCUGGGUCCAGGCUGCCGGUGCCACGGUUGUCUCUGAGGGAGGUGUCGAGGUCUCUCCCCUCAUCAGCUACGGUGGUGAGGGAUUGGAGCAUCUCAAGGGCAAGACCAUCACAGCCCCCGCUGUGCUGGAGUUGGAGUAG